AUGGUAGCCCCGCCCAGCAGCCUGGCUCUGAUGGGGCCCCGACCCAGGAAGAAACGCCUGGUGGCCCCUGGCCUAAGACUGACGCUGGAUCGCAGUGACUCGGCGGUGUCCGACGACUAUACCACAGCUGCCCUCAUAUCCUCCCCCGAUGACGACGACCUGGGACUGGACAUCGACUUGGAUGCCAUAGAAACGCCCUCGGACAGCGAGUCCCUCCAAUUUCCAGCGCACGACAUGGAUUUGGAGGAUUACCUGCUUCGUUGCCAUAAGGCCCGUGGGUCAAUACCAGAGCAGAUGGGAGUGGGCUGUCUUGACCAAGACCAGGUGGACAGCCAGGACACUAGAUGGCGCCGGUUCUGCACGGGAGACCCUCCUCAGGAGAGUCUGGUCAACAUGAGUGUACUGGAGCCUUACCUUAGGGUCUUGUCCCAUGGGGGUUACUAUGGAGAUGGGUCUAAUGACCUCAUUGUGUUCUCUUCUUGCUAUCUCCCUGAAAACACCAUGGAGAACUACCAGCAUGUCAUGGACAACCUAUUCAGGUAUGUUGUGGGAACGUUGGACCUAAUGGUGGCGGAGAACUACGUAAUUGUGUACCUGUGUGCCAUGGCCCAGCGUAACAAGCUCCCCACCAUUGGCUGGCUCAGAGAGUGUUACACCACCAUUGACAAAAGGUUAAGAGGUAGUGGAAAGGUAUACAUUGUCCACCCAACUUGGUACAUCAAGGCCCUGAUCACCCUCAUCAAGCCCUUCAUCAGCUCCAAAUUCAGUCGCAAGUUUCAGUUUAUCGACAGAUUUCGGGAGCUGUCCCAGCACAUCCCUAUUGAGCGUGUGCAGAUCCCUAACUGCGUCAGACAGUGA